GGGCGGGACCCCGCGCGCUGCCGGAAGUGACGCGCGAUGCGGAAGUGCCGCGACGCGGCCGGGCUGGUGCCACCAUGGCAGCGGCGGGAGGGGGCGGCGACACCGGCCCCGCGGCGGUGUCUCGUCGGGUGAAGUUCGGCAGUUUGGGGGUUCUGGUGGUGCAGAACGCCUCUCUGGUGCUGAGUAUCCGCUACGUCCGUACGGCGCCCGGCGCUCGCUUCCUGCCCAGCACCGCCGUCGUCCUCGCCGAGGCCAUCAAGGGCAGCGCCUGUCUCCUCCUCCUCCUCCUCCAACACCGCGGAAGCGUGCGGCAGACGUUGGGGACACUGCAGGGUCAGGGAGGGGACACUCUGCGCUUGGCCGUCCCCUCCCUCAUCUACACUCUCCAGAACAACCUCCAGUACGUGGCCAUCUCCAACCUCCCCGCCGCCACCUUCCAGGUGACGUACCAGCUGAAGAUCCUCACCACGGCUCUCUUCUCGGUGCUGCUCCUCGGCACGUCGCUCUCGCGGCUCCAGUGGUUCUCGUUGGCGCUGCUCUUCGCCGGCGUCGCUUUGGUCCAGGCCGAGCAGACGCGGCCGCUGACGGCGACGGCGCCUUCGGAAGGUCCUCCUCAAAGCUACGCUCUGGGUUUAGCGGCCGUGGCCGCUUCGUGCCUCUCUUCGGGCUUCGCCGGCGUCUACUUCGAACGCCUUUUGAAGACCAAAGGUGGUUCCAUUUGGCUCCGGAACGUCCAACUCGGCGCCGUCGGAACGGCCAUCGGUUUGGCGGCCAUGAUGGCGGCCGAAGGCUCUUCGGUAGCCGCUUUGGGGUUCUUCUACGGCUACAACCCCGCCGUCUGGGCGGUGGUGGUGAACCAAGCGGCCGGCGGUCUCCUGGUGGCGGUGGUGGUCCGUUACGCCGAUAACAUCUUGAAAGGCUUCGCGACGGCGCUUUCCAUUUUGGCUUCGACCGUGGCGUCCGUUCACCUCUUUGGCUUUCGCCCACGAGGCCCUUUCUUGGCCGGAACCGCUAUGGUCUUGGCGGCCGUUUACCUGUACGGGCGGCCGCGCUCCCCGCGGCCCAACGCCGACCCCAACGGAGACGCCAAGUCUCCCUCCAAGGACAAGGGCUCCUGAUGGCACCAACCACCCCCCCAGGGACGUAUAGGAUCCAUAUGGCCCCUCCCACCCAAACCCUAUAGGAACCUCCCCCCCUUCCCCAGGCCCUAUAGAGGCCGUAUGGAUCCCCCCCAGGCCCUAUAAAGGCUAUUUUUCUCCUCCCAGCCCUAUAGGAGCCAUAUGGAUAUGUCCCCCCCAAGGCCUAUAGGAUCCAUAGGGGAUCUCCAGGUCCUAUAGGAAUCAUAUGGACCCCCCCCGGGCACUAUAGGAGUCCUACAGAGUUUCUCCAACCCUAUAGGGGCCUCUCCUCCUCCAGAAUCUAUAGGGGCCGUAUGGAUCCUCCAGCUGUAUAGAAGCCAUACAGGCCCCUAUAGAUCCAUAUGGACCUCACCCCCAGGUCCUAUAGGAGCCAUAGAGACCUUUUGGACCCUACAGAGGCCAUA